AUGUACACCUUGAUGGGCGGCGGUCUGCUCUGUGCAGUCUCUGGAUUGGUUCUCCUCAUAGUUGCCACAGCGACCGACUUUUGGAUGCAGUAUCGGUACUCAGGGAGUCUGAGUAACCAAGGUCUGUGGAGGUUCUGCGUGGUGGGGAAAUGCCAUGCCCAUACCAUCACGGUUGCAUUCUGGGAUGCCACACGAGCAUUCAUGCUACUGUCCAUCCUAUCCAGUUUUGCUGGUAUCAUCCUGGGUCUCACCGCGUUUUCCAGUGGGGCCAAGUCUGCUAGAACCCGCUCUGCAGGAGUCACGUUGCUGGUAGCAGGGUUCUUUGCUCUCCUGGCCUUGUCCGUAUACACAGGCGUGACAGUGAACUUCUUUGGGAAACGCUAUGCUGAUUGGAGAUUUUCCUGGUCGUAUAUUCUGGGCUGGAUUGGAAUCAUCCUCACCGUUUCGGCAGGAAUCUUUCAUCUCUGUGCCUACACUAGAAGCAGCCCUCAGGACGUGGGCAAUGUGUCCAGUGGAUGA